AUGUCGAAGGCUGCUUCAUCCAACGUAGUCCACGGGCCACCGCAAGACCAAGUGUUCAUAAAUUUCCGGGGAAAGGAGGUCCGAGGCAACUUCGCAAGUCAUCUAGAGAGUGCCCUGGAAAGAGAAGGAAUCAAUGUGUUCUCAGACAAUCACGAGAGGAUGGGAAAACGUCUGGAAAUAUUUUAUAAGAGGAUUGAAGAAUCGAAGAUUGCCAUCGCAGUCAUCUCAAGCUUGUACACGGAAUCGAAGUGGUGCUUAAACGAGCUGGUCAAGAUCCGAGAAUGUGUGAAGAAAAAGACUCUGGAGGUAUUUCCAGUGUUCUACAAGGUCAAUGUUGACACGGUGAAGAGACGUAAAGCUGAGUUCGGUCAGAAUUUCGAUCGAUUAGUGAAAAAAGAUCUUACCAAAUUUAAACCAUGGAGAAAAGCUCUGAGGUUCGUGACCGAGAUUAAAGGUCAGGUGGUAGAUGAAAACAGCGAUGAAGUCCAGAUCAUCAAGAAAAUAGUGAAGGACGUAAAGAUAAAGCUCGAGGAAAGUCGGACGGAUCAAGGAACAAUGAGUCCAAGAGGAAAUUUAUUUGGAUUGGCCAAGGAAAAAUUAGGAGGAGAGGCUGAGAGCUCCACUUCCUUAAACGCGUCUCCUGUCUUUGGGAUCAACACACGCCAACAGCAGUUAGAAGAGAAGUUAGACUUUGAAUCAAAAGAGGUCACUCGAUUUGUUGGAGUAGUUGGGAUACCUGGAAUAGGUAAAACCACUCUUGCCAAGAAAUUGCUAGAAGAUUGGGGAUCCGAGUUCUUGCACACGAUGUUUCUAGAUGAUGUCCGCGAGAAGUCAAAGUCUCUUGGAUUCCACAGGCUGCAUGAAGACCUCCUCUAUGGUUUAGUGAGGAGUAAACACGACGUACAAGAGAAAAAAGAUUUUGAUUUUCCACUUGCAUCUUUAAAAGCUGAGCUAAGCGAAAGCAAAGUUUUUAUUGUUCUUGACGAUGUGAGUGAAAAGAGUCAGAUAGAUAUGAUUCUUGGCGGACGCGAAUGGUUAAGAGAAGGAAGUAGAGUUGUCAUCACAACGAGCAGGAUGUCCGUGGUCAAGGAAAUGGUAGACGAAACUUAUCUAGUCCCGGGGCUGAGCGACGAGGAUGGGUUUAGAUACUUUGAAAAACACGCCUUCUCUGUUUCUUGUGAGCCAAGUUUCAAGAACCUUGCUGAACAAUUUGUGGAUUACUCUAGGGGACAUCCGUUAGUUCUCAAAGUACUUGGUCGUGAGCUUCUUAGGAAGGACAAGGCCUACUGGGAAUCAAAGCUUGGAGCGCUUGCAAAAAGCCCGAUCAGCAACACAAUUCAAAAUGUCUUGAGAAUUCCAUAUGACGAUCUCAGCAAACACCAUAAGAAUUUGUUCUUGGAUGUGGCAUUUUUCUUCAGGUUUGAAGAUGAGUAUCAUGUGAGGAGUCUGCUCGAUUCUUCGGUUCAUGAGAAUGUGAGUGAAAUAAAAGAUCUUGAAGAUAGAUUCUUGGUAAACAUGUGUGGCGGUCGAGUAGAGGUAACUGAUCUCAUGUACACAUUGGCAAUGGGACUAGAAUCAUCUUCUGAAUAUUCAACAAGUGGGCGGAGGUUGUUCAACCAUGGCGAGAUCAUUUCUAUUCUCCGAAACAAACCGGAAGCGACCAGGGUCAGAGGAAUAUUCCUUGACAUGUCUGAGGUACCAAGGAAAAUGAGUUUAGGUAAUGACACAUUCAAAGAUAUGACUGAUCUCAGAUAUUUGAGAUUCUUCAACUCAAGUUUUCCUAAAGACAAUGAAGCUAAAUGCAACUUGAUCUUCCCCAACGGGCUUAAGUUUACAUUGCAAGAGAUCCGUUAUUUCCACUGGCUGAAAUUUCCACUGAAGAUGCUUCCACAAGAUUUUAACCCCAAGAAUCUAAUAGACCUCAAGCUGCCUUACAGCCGGAUUGAACAACUUUGGGAUGGAGAUAAGGACAUCUCCAAAUUAAUGUGGUUGGAUUUGAAUCAUUCAAGUAAGCUGCGCACUUUGUGGGGGUUAUCGAAGGCUCGAAAGCUUAAAAGUAUAAAUCUUGAAGGUUGUACGGAAUUGAAGACAGUUCAUGAAGAGCUAAAGAACAUGGAAAUUCUUGUGUUCUUGAACUUGAGAGGGUGCACAAGCCUCAAGUCUCUUCCGCAAAUGAACUUGAUCUCUCUGAAAACACUCAUCCUCAGCGGCUGCUCAAAUCUUGAGGAGUUUAAUUUGAUUUCAGAGACUCUAGAAGAGUUGUACUUAGAUGGCACCGCGAUAAAGAUACUUCCUUCCACCAUUGGGAAGCUGAAAAGACUAGUCUUGUUGAUACUGAAAGACUGCAAAAGACUCAUGACUCUCCCAGAUUCUAUCGGAGAUCUAAAAGCUCUUCAGAAACUAGUCCUCUCUGGUUGUAAAAGCUUUACCACUUUCCCAAAGGUUAAAGAGGACAUGAAGCAGUUGAAGACAUUACUACUCGACGGGACAGCCAUUAAAGAGAUGCCUCACCUUCUGAGUCGCUUCAGUGUCAAUCAAGGCCAAACUUCUUCUUGGUCACAUUGCAAUCUGCGUGAAGGGCCUCACGAAAUCUACAGGUUAUCAACAGUUCAACGUUUAUGUUUAAGCAGAAACAACUUCAGAAGCUUGCCAAACAACAUCAGGUAUCUAUUCAAUCUCAAAUGGCUCGACCUAAAGUAUUGCGAGCAGCUCAUGUCUCUUCCGAUGCUUCCACCAAAUCUUCACUGGUUAGACGCACACGGCUGCAUUUCUCUUGAAAACAUCGAGAGUCCCUUGGCUCUUAUCUUGGCGGAAACAGAGCAUUCACACUCCACGUUUACUUUCACUAACUGUAUCAAACUUAAUCAAGUUGUGAAGAAUGGCAUCGUAUCUCAUUUCCGGAGGAAGAUCCAAUUAAUGUCAGAUGCUGUGGCUCACCAAGAAAAGGGUUCAAAGAUCGAUGCGUUGAUAGGAGUAUGUUAUCCUAGUUGGCAACUACCUGUAUGGUUCAAUCACCGAACGCCUGGGUCAGAGUUGACACAAAAACUUCCUCGACAUUGGAAUGAAGAUGGGCUUACCGGUGUGGCUCUUUGUGCUGUUGUCUCAUUUAAGGACUACCAAGCUCAGAGCAAACGCCUCUUAGUAAGAUGCACGAGCGAGUUCAAAGAAGAAGACGAGCCAUUGAUCCAGUUUAGUUGCAUUCUUGGUGGGUGGACUGAACAUGGCACCGACAGACCCCGAGACAUCAUUAAAUCUUCUGGUCAUGUUUUCAUUGGAUACAACAGUUUGUUAGACAUCAAGAAACAAGACAGAGGAGCAGGAUAUGUUGCUACGGAGGCUUCUUUUAAAUUUGAAGUGACUGAUGGAACAAAACAGAUCACAAACUGUGAGGUGCUUAAGUGUGGCUUCACUCUGAUCUAUGCAGCCACUAAACCUGUUCAUAGCUUGUGUACUGAUAAAAACUGUGACCAUGGAGAGAUAGUGUCUGCUUCAUCGACGGAUAAUGGAGGAAACAUGACAAGUGAAGAAAGUUAUUUCAAGAUCCAAAGUGGAGCCACCUCUGUUUCUGUGGUGGCUGAAGAGAUGGGCAACGAGAUCAUAGAGAAAGUAAAGUCUUUCAAAGCUACAAGUAACGCACCAGAUACCAGUGGGGGAUCCAUGUCACCGAGUAGCUCACAAGGAAGUGAAGUUGUUGAUGAUGGAUCUCUACAGACUGAUGAGACCAAUCCAGGAGCUGAAACAUGCUAUUGUGAACCUUGGGAAGGUGCAGAGAAACCUGGUGAUCAUGAGAGUGCACAUAACGGGCCAAGACACUUAUGUGAGCGGAUGGAGAAACCUAUACGGCUUAUUUGUCUUGUGAUCUCCAUUUGUGCUGGUUCAGUUUUCUUGCUAACAAAGGACAAGAAAAAGAGAUGA